AUGACAAUCCUCUCACUUCCUCCCCCCUUACUCAUCAAUGAACUCUCAUACAUCCCACCCCCAUCCGCAAAAGCAUUCGAAGAAGAAUUCGCCGGUAUCCUUCCCCCGGGAAAAGAUAUCCAAUCAUCUCGAGGAACAAUCCAUUACUAUGAUUUCAAUCCCUCCUCAUCAAAUACCAAAAAAGUUCUCCUAAUCCACGGUAUUGGAACAAGUGCUAUUGGUAUCACGUCUCUUGCCCGUCAACUCGCGGCCUCGGGAUCUCAUGUUGUGAUUUAUGAUCUCUGGGGCCAUGGAAAUUCUUCGACUCCUUUGGAAGCACAUACGCCGGCGUUGAUGCAUCUGCAGAUUUUUGAAGUUCUCUCGCAUUUGGGAUGGAACAGGGCGCAUUUUGUGGGGUUUAGUUUGGGCGGGAGUAUUGUGGCUACUUUCGCGGCGGUGUAUCCACAGCUUGUGGAGAGCGCGGCGGUUGUAGCUGGAGCGGGUCUUUGGAGGAAGAAGAAUAGUGGAUGGUGGAAUAAGGUGCAGAAGGAUGGAGAUUGGAUGGUAGAUGGAGAGAGUGAUCAUAUUAUCAUUGAGGAAUUAGUGGGCUUCGCUCCAUCGGAUAGAACCUGGAAAGAAGCAAUUCAUCGAGGAGAACUUGUAUCCCAGCCGAUCGAUCAAUGGCAGAGAGAAAAUCAUAAAGGUCAUAUAGCGAGUGUGGUUAGUAUUUUCAGAUAUGGGAAUGUUUUUGAUCAACAUGAGAGUUAUAGGAGGUUGAUUAAGAGUGGGAUCAAGAUUUUGGUAAUCGUGGGGGAAUUUGAUACUUCAUUUCCACCGGAAUUUGUGAAGAGAGAGUUGGGGGAGUUGGAGUGGGAGAAAGAGAUAGUGCAGGUGGAUGGAGCGGGGCUUGUUUUGGUGAGGACGCAUGAGGAGGUGGUGGGGAAAUUUAUUGAGGAGUUUUGGGAGAGAGAAUUUGGGAUGUGA